CCGUAGUCAGUUCGACCUCGCCUAGUACCGGGCCUAGGGCCUGGACAAUAUGGAAUUCCCCCCUCCUAUCAUCCUAUGAGUCCAAGUAGCUCCCAUCGCCAAUCCAAUCCAGCAAGACAAAAAAAUAGUGCAGUCCAGAAACUUGAUACAGAUACAACGGUUUUACAUACAUUACAUUACCCCUUAUUACAUACCCACCCUUACCGCUCCAUACCGUCCCAUUGUUUACGUGACCGAUACGCGUACAGAAUACUGACCAACCAGACAUCGCCCGACCCGCCAGAUCCUCAAGCCGCCCCAGCAUCCGUCGUCGUCGUCGUCGUCCAUCAAACCUCAAUCAACCUUCAAUCAAUCAAAGUCUUUGCUCUCCAUCAAACCUCCCUCCCCCUCCCAUUUCCUCUGCCUCCCCGGAAGCUCAGCAAUUAAAUAGCAUUCCCUUUUGCUAUCAAACAGGAUAUAUUUCUCAAUCCUUCUUCGUCUUCUAAUCUCUCCUUCCUAUCGGCUUUUAUUGAUCGACGUUCCUUUGGCUUCACUACAACCCACCCGCCAUCUUGGUUAUUUUGCCUCCCUCGCUCGUCGCCCGCGAGUCUGUGUCCCAUCAACGACCAUUCCUGCAACACUUACCCACCCAUUGUCUACUUACAUUGUCUCUUUUUAACAACUUCUCUAUUAGCCGACUUUGACCUUCCCGGGCUGAGGAAUUUCAUUUCCGUGCCCCCACUUUCCGCCUUCCACCACAAGUCCACCUCUGCCCAGCAAACCGUCAACCUGCUUCGUUCUCGCUGCCUUUUAUUAAAUGUGCAAGUGAAUCCCCCUUCAGGUCUUCGAUUGCAGGGCUAGAUAGCUGGCCUACUACCCCCUCGCAACGAAAAAAAGAACAUCAAAAACAAAAAACAAAAAGGAAAAAAAAAAAAAGAACAACCUCCGAUCGCGUUACGGAUGAGCAACCAAAUUAUAAGGGAUGAGGAUUUAACACUCGUCUGCUGGUUCGCUCAACAGGAACGGUGAUUUUUAUCAUGCCUCUCUUUCCGUGGUCGUUCCUGUAACAGUGACUCGGAUCGCCUGCACAUCUCCUGAACGACGACGAUAGCGAGGAUACGAGGUGCUUUUCAAUCAAGAUAAAGAAACAUCGAAAAGGCACGGUAGACAAACAAAAGCUAGAAGCAGUUUGUAAGAUGGACCGUUUAGGGAAAUCGCCUGUCAGCUCAUCGAAUAACUCGGACGGCCGAGGUCGACGAGGGUCACAUCAAUCCCUCGAUAGCUCUACGCUCUUAGAACGUGAAGAAGUUUCAGAUACCUCCGGUAGGACGUCGAGGUCGCGGAGAUUCUCCCUCACAAGUGGCGCCAACUCAAGACAGAUGCCUGGUGGGAUAAGCCGCCAGAGGGGCACUCAGCCUGAUGGCCGGCUAGAGGAACGUCGUGGUUUAGCCCACAGGCUUCAUGUGUUCCCUUUUCGCCCACACUCUUCGAACGCAUCCCGGAGCUCGUCAACCAACACUUCAUCAAGCUCGUUACUCUCCUUAGCAGACCAUGCUGGUCUGGAACCUGCGACGGACUAUUCGAGCCCUUACGUUGGAACAUCUCCAGCACCACAGUUGACGACUCCAAAAGUCCCUGAAUCAUCCAAUCCUCCCCUAAGCCCUCUAUCGGAACAUCCCACUCCGUCGCAUCGCGCUGGGCACUCAGUCAAUGACCUACCGGUCUAUCCGGACCAAUCUUACGCUGUUCUUCAGUCACAAGUUCACCCAACUCGCCCUCAACCGCAUCUCCGCUCACGCAGCUCCUACCCAUCACCCUACCCCUUAUCUGCCUCGAGUCCAUCAUGGGCUACUCGAGAUUCUGGCUCUCACGUACUAGGCUCGCGCACCACUGGGAACACUCCGAUAUCGAGCCCUGGCCUUUUCUCCUCUCGUUCCUCUCAUCCAUCUCCACCGAAAACCGCAGAAGGCCGUGCUUCGUUUUCUUACCUACAUCCCACCCAUCUUCAAGAGCCAAAAGAAACACACACAGUUGAGGUUGAUCGCGACAUGCUCACCGGCAACAAGCUAAUUAACGAGUACGAAAUCCUCGAUGAACUGGGACGAGGCGAGCACGGGAAGGUAAAACUUGGCCGCCAUAUGAGGACUGGAAAGAAAGUAGCAAUUAAAAUCGUCCAAAGGUAUUCGAAACGUCGUCGGUUAGGUAAACUGGGCAAUCCUGAAGAUAAAGUCAAGAAGGAGGUUGCCAUUCUCAAGAAAGCCAGACAUGAGAAUGUUGUCAGUCUGCUUGAGGUGAUUGACGACCCAAACCAGCAGAAGGUUUAUAUUGUGUUAGAGUAUGUGGAGAAUGGCGAGAUCGUCUGGCGCAAAAAGGGCCUUCGGGAUAUUGUGGCCACGGAUAAAUUCAGGCUCGAUCACGAAAAGCAAGGAAUUACGGACUCCCCCUUUCUCAUGGAGGAGAUUCAGAGGCAAUACCAGUUAAGGCGACAGAAAGAAAUUUCCCGUAAGAAGCGAAAGUCAAUUGCGCCACAGUUCUCGGGUGUUCCUGCGUGGAGUUUGGAACACGGUGGAGUAUCGGAUGACGAAAUGGGUCCUGAGAUCCCGCCUCACAUUCAUGACGGCUCCAGCACGCCCGAACUAACCAGCAAAUCUUUCGCCUCUGCGAAUGAGCUGGAUAGUAGGUUACGUGAUACGGUUCUGGCGGCCGUAGAAGGAAGCAUGUAUGGUGCAUAUGCGGCUGAGACUCAACUUGAACGACGUCAGAGUACAGUCUCAAGCCUUUUUACCUCUCAUUCUUCAGAGCCGGAACUUCUGUCCGACGACGAUGAGAUGUAUGUCCCAUGCUUGACACUAUCCCAGGCCCGAUGUGCAUUUAGAGAUUCUGUGCUCGGACUGGAGUAUCUUCACUACCAAGGUAUCAUACAUCGAGACAUUAAACCAGCAAAUCUACUAGUCACAGGAGAUCGCCGGGUGAAAAUAUCCGACUUUGGUGUAUCCUACCUAGGACGACCUAUCCGGGAUGGUGAUGAGGAGCGAGUUGCGGAGACAGAUGCCACCGAACUCGAUGACGCCCGGGAACUCUCCAAAACUGUUGGAACGCCAGCUUUUUAUGCACCGGAACUCUGCUAUACAGGGUCGGAAUUUGAGGACCAAAUUGGCAACGUUCCGAAAAUCACGGGCGCAAUCGAUGUUUGGUCGCUAGGUGUUACGCUAUACGGAAUGAUUUUCGGAAGGCUACCAUUCCUUUGCGAAGAUGAGUAUAAAUUGUUCCACAAUAUCGUGAAGAAUGAAGUGUUCAUUCCUCGUAAACGUCUAAAGGCAGUGGAGGUGGACACCCCAUCCAGCUGGUCAUCAAACCCUCAGCAUGUGAUGAACAGCAACAAGCGAACAGAUGAUGAACUUGUCUAUGAAGAUAUCGAUGAUGAGUUAUGUGAUCUUUUGAGGCGCUUACUCACGAAGGAUCCUUCCAAGCGGAUAACUUUGAAGGAGAUUAAGCAUCACCCUUGGGUGCUUCGUGAUAUCCCUGACAAGCAGCGAUGGCUCGAAACGACGGAUCCGAGUUACCAGAGCAAGGGCAAGAGGAUCGAGGUCUCGAAAGAAGAAGUCACACAGGCUGUCACGAAAAUGCCUUUUAUUGAACGAGUUCGGUCAAAUGUGGCUAAAUGGGGCGGCUCGAUUUUUGGACGAUCGAAAGAUGGGCGGAGACGAGCGCCUACUAUAGCUACUCCUAACAGGAUGAUAUCUUCUCCAUCCUCGAAUAGUGUUGCUUCUUCCAAGGACAAUGACAUUGAGGGCAGCAGCAAAGCUCCGAUCAAAUUUGAUUCCGAACCGUGGUCUCCUCUCCGAGCUUUAAGAGAUCAUGGACUCCCACUUUCAGAUAACUCGCUUGCGAGCCCUAUUUCGUCCGAGGACCGUGGCUUCUAUAGAAGGGGGAGCAAUGCCAGUUUAAUCUCGUUUCCGAAGGACCACCUCCCAAGCGCAGGACGCCGCCCCAACCUUUCUGACACAUCAUCAUCGACGUUUUCGAGUUCUGAGUCCACCAAGACGAUCCGCCCAUUGACUACGGAUGUGGCUCUGGUACGGCCUCGAACAACAACACCUUCCGAAACACUACCAACGUCUAGCAUUGGCGGUAUGUUAGGGGGAGCCGGACAUCGUCUAGGAUGGGGUUGGCAGAACCCUGAUUGGCGAAGUGAGAGAUCUCCGUCUACAGGUGCUCGAUCAGUAGAUGGUGACGCCCAUUCCGGUCCAGUUGUUGCAGUUAGUACAGCGUCUGCCACAGGCGUUGUCCAAUCUCCCGACUUAACCCGAGGUCCAUCAUCAGCCUCUCUUUCAUCAUCAUCAUCGGCGGGCCAUGACGAACCCACUGGAGCAAGUACCUUAUCACGCCGCCAAUCCCUCUUUCAUCGACAGGCCCCUGAUGCUCCAGCUGAGUCGUUCUACGUAACACGUGAGACACUCCUACGGCAACGAAUGCAGCAUCAAGAUCGAAAGCAUCACGCUCAAGCAGGCUCCCCGUUGUGCAAGGAUUCGACUGAACGCGGCGGCUCGUUAUCUGCUCGGGGCAUGCUUUCUUCUAUUGAUACUGAAUCGCAUCGAACAGGCCGAGAACAAAGCCUGUCAUUCAAGUAUCCGGUAGGAGAGCCAAUCACCUCACCUCCGUCAGCGCUCACUAUAUCCUCAUCGUCGGCCGACGAGCUCACAAGCGGGAUGUCGCAUUCCGCCUCGCACCCCAGUAUUCCAUCAGUAAUCUCGGGUGCCUCGUCUCUAUCUGCCGAUGGGUUUUACACCUACAAGGCAGAGAGGGAGAAGGAGCUAGAUGGCUCGGGGCAGGUACCACCGCUUCUUAGCACUGGAGACACAGUCACAGCUCGAAAAAUGCAGGCUGACAGACCGCAUGACGAUGAGUGCAGGUAUGACUGCGAUGACGAGGAUGAUGAUGAGGAUGAUGAUGAGGAAGAUGAAGGCAUUGUUUUUGGGAAACGGAGUUCAUGUCCGGUCGAUAAGUCGAAGAGGAUGAUAUGAAUAGACUGCAUGGGAAGUAGAGGUGGUGGUUAUAUUUCAUUUUCUAUUCCUCCCCUUGGAUAAGCAUGUUUAUAUAUAUCUUUUGACGUUUCUGGUUUGGUAUGGUUUUUAUUUUUAAUUUUCUUUAUUUCUUUUUCUCUAUCUGCAUGUUUGGGCAAAGGGUUGGGAAGCAUGCAUAUACCUAGGCGUUAACUAUUAUUUUUCCUCCUGUUUGUCCCUCGUCCUAUAUUCAUGAACUCUGGUUGGGUUUUAGGGAGACCUUACCAUCAUGAACUGGACAGAUACGCUCGACAUUCCGCAUGCAUACCCCAUAUACUCCGUACACACAACACACAUACGCAUUGAAUGUUCAUAAUUUCCAAAUGUAUCGUCUUCAUUCAUGCCCGCGCUACCUACCACCCUACCUGCCUUAUCUUUAUCACGUCUUAAAUGCAACUGAGCCUCUCCUCUAUCCUCGCCUCUCCCUCUCCACGGCUCACCUUCCCUUCCUUUUUAUAUAAAAGAUAAAAGGAGGGCCACACUAUGCUACAAAUUACUAGAAAAUGGAGGAGAGACCGAAAGAAAGCCCAGUCCCAAGCCUGUCACAUCAUCCCGUUGCAAUACUACUUUCCUCUCUCCAUCCCCCUCCCCCCCGUCUGUGGAUUUAUGUUAAGCCUUUUUCUUCCUUUCCCCUUCCACUUUAGUCUCCCAAUUUUAGUUACCCCAUCUACAUACGCAUAGUUUCUUCAAGCAGGCGCAGGAAAGGAAAUUGGUUGGGUUCUUCUUCUGAGGAUAGAUUGAUUAGGUCAUUAACAAGUUGGUCCUUUGAAUUGCUUCUUUGAAUCUCCUAGCUUUUUCCUUUUCUCUCUAUAAAUUAUAUGUUAGUUUUAAUUUAUAGACUGCGCUUUACAUGCUUACGCGGUGGGAUUUUCGGAAUCAUUUACUUAUUUUCAUAUUGACCCUCUGUUGGGUUUGUGCAUAGCCUUCUUUCAUAUAGCUAGCUGUUCGUUGUGUUCUACAGCAGCAAUCAAGUGAAUUUUUGUAUUCAUGCAAGUCCCACCCUCUACUUGAUUCAAAUUUGGAUCACUCAGUUUGUUUUGUCUAUAUCAUAAUAGGUACAUUAUCAAAUAUUAAAAGUCAUAAAAAAAUGUCAACGCCGCUCCAACCAACGCAUCAAUCCCCACCCGCAUAGUGGGCUGGAUAACCGGCGCAUAAAACGGCGAAUGAUUCACAGGAACAUCCUUCGCAAUCGUCCCAUUCCUCUCCGCCUCAUCCCACACCUGCGGAUCCACGCCGCCAAAAAACCAAAAACAACUCAGCUUCCCUACCGCCGCACCCAGACACCCAAAGUCCUCCGACGCAUUGCUUCGCGGCCAAUCCGGGCAGAAGCGAAACAGGCCCCCACCCUCCCCGGACCCGCCAUCACCAAACAGCCGCUCAAAGGUAACCCCUAACCUCUCCGUAACCGCCCCAUCGUUCACCGUAACAGGGAAACUCAACGUGCGCCUGAUCUCCGGCUCCCUCUCCGCCCCGCUCGCCAUGCUCUCCGCACGCACAAUCCGCUCCACGGACGCCAGCACCCUCGCACGCGUCUCCUCAUCCGCCGUGCGCACAUUCACCUCCAUCUCCGCCGUGGCGGGGAUGAUAUUCGGCGCGCUGCCCGCAUGCAGGCUGCCGACGGACACGACGCCGAGCCCCUCGACGCUGCCCGAGGUCACCUCGCGGCUGGCGAUGGUCUGCAGCCGCACCACGGCGCUGCUGGCCAUGACGAUCGGGUCGAUGGUGAACUGAGGCAUGGAGGCGUGGCCGCCGCGCCCGUGGAAGGUGACCUUGAGACAGUCCGAGGCGGCCAUCUGCGCGCCCGGCUUCAUGCCCAUGGUGCCCGCGCGGGCCGCGAGGACGUGCUGGCCCAGGAAGACGUCGGGGAUGGGGAUUUUGUGUGGCGAGUUGGGCGAGAAGAGGCCAUCGGAUAUCAUGCCGGUGGCACCGUCGCCGCUCUCCUCGGCGGGCUGGAAGAGGAUCACGAGCGUGCCGUGCCAGCGGGCGCGGAGGGGUGUGGAUGUGAGGGCCUCUGUUGCGGCGAGGAGGCAGGCCAUGUGCAUGUCGUGGCCGCAGGCGUGCAUGGUGGGUUUUAAUUUGUUGUCGUCAUUGGCGUCCUGGGUUGUUUGUUUGCUGGCGUAGUGGAGGUUGGUCUGCUCGUGGACUGGGAGCCCAUCGAGUUCGGCGCGGAGGAGGACUGUUGGGCCUGCUGGCCCAUUCUGGCCAUCAUUGCUGUUGCUGUUGCUGUUAUUUCUGAGGACGGCGACGACGCCGGUGCCGCCGAUUCCUGUGUGGAUUUGGAGGUCUGGGAUGCUCAGCUGUUGGAGCUUGUUCGCGACAUAUUUAGCAGUGUUGAAUUCUUGGUGGGAGAGUUCUGGGUGGGCGUGCAGGUGUUUGUACAGCUCUUCAUACGGGGCGAAAGCCGGACGGUGCCGCUCUACUGCCUGGGAUAUUUCCUCCACAGAAAAGGAGGUCAUGGUAGCUUUAAGCGAUUUCAACGUGAUAGGCGCUGACUGGCACGGUGUAAAGAGAAAAGGACAGUGGUUAAUUGGUG